UCCGGUCUCUAUGUUCUUUUGCCUUCCGCUUGAAUCACGGGAACUUGGGUGCUUGUUCUCUUUCGUGGAGCUAAGGUCUUAUCCGGCAACUUGCACCAUUUAGAAGUUCCAUCGUAGUCUCAGAGACGAAAUUUAAACAUAAAAAAUGACGACCGAAGCAGAACUCGCUUGCGUUUAUUCCGCUUUGAUACUCGUCGAUGACGAUAUCGCUGUAACUGGCGAAAAGAUACAAACAAUUCUGAAAGCAGCAAAUGUAAAUGUUGAUUCUUAUUGGCCUGGACUUUUCGCCAAGGCUUUAGAGGGUGUAAAUGUUAAAGAACUGAUCACCAAUAUCGGAUCUGGUGUUGGAGCUGCACCUGCAGGAGCGGGUGCUCCUGCUGCAGCAGCAACCGCUGCCAGCACUGAGGCUGCUCCAGCUAAAGAAGAGAAGAAAAAAGAGGAACCAGAAGAAGAGUCGGAUGAUGACAUGGGCUUUGGUUUAUUCGACUAAGCACAAGGAUCGUGUUGGUCCAUUCCUUUAUAUAUGUACAGUUACAUCGUACAAUAAACGAUAAAACAAUUUGAUAA